CAGAAAUAAUAAUUUCCAUGGGUGACACUCUUGGAGCCAUGCUGGCGAACAUGCCCGACACUGGUUGGGGGCUAGUUCCGUCUACACCGGCCGCCAUGCCGCAAUGGUGGGGUCGAACCGGGCUCUGGAGUGGGUGUCACCCUCCAACAGGGCCGCGGUCGUUGGUGAUGUCAAUCCACACUACUGGACCCUCUGAGUAUACAUCGUCAGUUUGUCAUCAUUGCCACCAUCCUAUCGUGGCCGCAUAUUGCCAGGUAAUCUUCUCGGUGCCAUGAUGGGAUGAUGAGAUCCUACGCAUCUACGCACGCAAUAAUCCGCUCUUGACUUUGGUCCCGCUCACACGCCGACAAACAUCUGCCGUUGAUGCUCUUCCGAGCCGCUGUACCCGGACUGACCCGACGGCUCUGUUUCCGAACCACGUCCGCCAUGGCCACGGCGCGUCAGCCGAACGGCAAUCUUAUGGCGCAGAAGGCCGGUUCGUCGCUCGAGGACCUGCCCAAGUCCUGGACCUUCACGCAGUCACUCCCGCCUGACGCCCGGUUCCCGACGCCGGCCGAGUCUCACAAGACGCCCCGCGACCAAAUCGGCCCGCGGCAGGUCCGCAACGCCCUCUUCACCUGGGUGCGCCCCGAGCAGCAACAGGACCCCGAGCUCUUGGCCGUGAGCCCCGCUGCCCUGCGUGACCUGGGCAUCAAGGAUAGCGAGGUCAAGACCGACGACUUCCGCCAGUUCGUCGCCGGCAACAAGCUCUACGGUUGGGACGAGGAGAAGCUCGAGGGGGGGUACCCGUGGGCGCAGUGCUACGGAGGCUUUCAGUUUGGACAGUUUGCUGGUCAGCUCGGUGACGGGAGGGCCAUUUCGCUGUUCGAGACGACCAACCCGGCGUCCGGCACGCGCUACGAGCUGCAGCUCAAGGGCGCCGGCCUGACGCCUUACUCGCGCUUCGCCGACGGCAAGGCUGUUUUGCGAUCGAGCAUCCGCGAGUUCGUCGUCUCCGAGGCCCUGAACGCGCUCAAGAUCCCCACGACCCGGGCGCUGUCGCUCACGCUCCUGCCGCACUCCAAGGUGAGGCGCGAGACCAUCGAGCCCGGGGCCAUCGUCCUGCGCUUCGCCCAGUCGUGGCUGCGGCUGGGUAACUUUGAUAUCUUGCGCGCGAGAGGAGACAGGGACCUAAUCAGGAAACUCGCCACGUACAUUGCCGAAGAUGUCUUUGGGGGCUGGGAAAACCUCCCUGGCCGGCUUGCGGACCCCGAAAAGCCAGACCAGUCGCCGGCGCCGAAGCGUGGGUUAGGGCCAAAAGACAUUGAAGGACCUGAUGAGACAGCGGAAAACAGGUUUACCAGGCUGUACCGCGAGAUUGUGAGGAGGAACGCCCUCACGGUCGCUGCCUGGCAGGCGUACGGCUUCAUGAAUGGCGUCUUGAACACGGACAACACGUCCAUCUACGGCCUGUCAAUAGACUUUGGACCGUUUGGGUUCAUGGAUACCUUUGAUCGCUCCUACACACCCAACCACGACGACCACAUGCUGCGAUACAGCUACGGUAACCAGGUUACCAUCAUCUGGUGGAACCUCGUCCGGUUCGGAGAGGCUAUUGGCGAAUUGAUAGGUGCCGGGGCCAUGGUGGACGACGAGACAUUCGUUGCCGAGGGCGUCAAGGAGAACCAAGAGGAGGAGAUCGUCUCUCGUGCGGAGAAGCUCAUCAUGCAGACCGGCGAGGAGUAUAAGGCUACCGCCCUUGCGGAGUACCAGCGGCUCAUGACUGCUCGCCUGGGCCUUCGAGAGGCUCAAAAGUCAGAUUAUGACGAGCUCAUCAGCGCCAUCUUUACGACCAUGGAGACCCUCGAAUUAGAUUUCAGCCACUUCUUCCGCCGCCUGAGUGGCCUCAAGCUGGCGGACCUCUCCACCCCGGAGGCCCGAAAGGAAAAGGCCUCCGUCUUUUUCCACCAGGAGGGACCGCCCAAGACGGCCAGCGAGGGCGAGGCCCGGGAUCAGCUCGCGUCUUGGCUCGAUAAGUGGCGGGCAAGGAUCAUUGCUGACUGGCAGGACGGUGACGGCACUGUGUCCCCGGCACGGGACGAGGAGCGCAUGCAGGCGAUGAAGCAGGUCAACCCCAAUUUUGUCCCUCGCGGCUGGAUCCUCGACGAGGUCAUCCGACGCGUCGAAAAGGAAGGCGAGAGGGACGUCCUUGAUCGCAUCAUGCACAUGGCGCUGAACCCAUUCGAAGAGGCCUGGGACGGGCGCACCUUCAAUGGUGCUACGUGGAAGGGCGAUGCAGAGGAGGAGCAGCGAUGGGUUGGCGAGGUGCCCAGGACUGAACGGGCCCUCCAGUGUAGCUGCAGCUCAUAGCGUGGCGUGUGCCUGGCAACUUUAAAUAGAGAGAGACCUGCUCAACAGGAGAACAUGCACC